CAGGUUAAAAACUCCCUUAAUUUCAAAAUAAGCCUCUCCAACUACGCUCCUUUUUUCCCUUCUCCUUUCAGAAAAAAACCUAUAAAUUACAGAAACCAAACACAACCAACGAAAAAAAAAAAAAAAAAUCCUUCCUUUCUCCUCUGAUGGUGUCAUUUGUAUGAACCAAUAUAACACCACAUUAAGUUCUUUUCUUUCUUUCAAUUUCGUAUUCAAAUCUGUUUUCUUUGCGUCUUAGAUAUAUAUAUGAUCACACCUUCCUCAUCUUUUUUUCAUCAAUAAAUAGCAGACAGAAAUGGGAAGAAGAGGAAGAAGAAGCAGUAACAGAGCCAUGGAGCCUUCUCUGUUUCUGAAAAUGGGAUUGGCCCUUUUGGUUCUGUCCGUUGCUUUUGUUCAUGGAAAUCCCACAGUCAAUGCUCAUUCCUACGCUUCUCCAAGAACGUAUAUUGAUGAAUUGAGACGAAUGCAGAGUAGUUAUAUUUUGCAGCAGAAAAUUCCGGGUUCUUCUUUACCUGAUGAAUUGAGUCCAACACCAGCACAAGCUCCUCCGGUCGCGCCGAGGCCUAAUGUGUAUAAGGUAACAUCAUACGGGGCGGACCCGACUGGGAAAACUGACAGUAUGGAUGCAAUUUCAAGGGCCAUUACUGAUGCACUUGAAGGUCCAACUAAUGGGUUCUUGAUCGCCGGAAUUGCUAAUCUUGGUGGUGCCCGGAUUGAUCUUGAAGGUGGGAAUUACUUAAUUAGCCGCCCCCUCCAGCUGGCCGCCGGCAAGGGUAAUCUCUUGAUACAUGGAGGAACAUUGAAGGCAUCAGACACUUUUCCAGGUGACAGAUACUUGAUUGAGUUAUCAUCCAAAAACAACAAUGGGGCAUUCAAUAAUGAGUUUGUUACUUUAAGGGAUCUGUUGCUGGAUUCAAGUUAUAGGGGUGGAGGCAUUUUUGUGUUGAAUUCACUCAGAACAACCAUUGACAACUGUUACAUCACACAUUUUACUACAAAUGGAGUUUUAGUCCAAGAUGGUCAUGAAACCUUAAUAAGGAACAGCUACCUAGGUCAGCACAUUACCGCCGGGAGCGAUCCCGGCGAGAGAUACUUCUCAGGCACCGGAAUCCACCUGAUGGGAAACGACAACGUUGUGUCAGAUGUGGUGAUCUUCUCGGCCGCGAUCGGGAUCAUGGUUUCGGGCCAGGCCAAUACCAUUUCAGGUGUACAUUGUUACAACAAAGCCACCGGUUUCGGCGGCACGGGGAUUUACCUCAAAGUACCAGGUUUGACACAAACCAGGAUUGUCCAUUCUUACCUGGAUUACACAGGAAUUGUGGCAGAGGAUCCUGUUCAGCUCGAUAUCGCAAACUGUUUCUUCCUUGGAGACGCAUUCAUCGUCCUGAAAUCGAUCAAAGGGGAGAUUUCUGGAGUGAACAUUGUGGACAACAUGUUUUGUGGUUCUGACAAGGGGAUUGACAUUGUUCAGUUGGACCAGAGAAAUGGCCCUUUCAAUCAGAUUCAUCAGGUUGUCGUCGACCGGAACAACGUAAAAGGGAUGAAACUCAGGGCAACUGUGGCUAGAGGAUCCGUACAAGGAAAUGGACCAUCAUGGAUGGUGGAUUUCAAUCCAAUUCUGGUGUUUCCUGAUUUUGUGAAUCAUGUUCAGUAUACAUUCAGCCCAAGUGAGAGUCUCUACCCUAACCAUGCUCUUAGGAAUAUAUCCCACAAUAAUGUAAUGAUUGAAUCAGAUGUCCCUUGUCCGGCCACUGUUUUUGUCAGUGUGCAUCAAGGGGCCUCAUUUUAUUCUAGCUAAUAUUUCUCCUAUCAGGCCAUUUUCAGCUUCAUCGAUUCUUAUUACCCUAACGAAAAUUGUCAAUAGGGGCUCUGAGGAAAUUAUUAAUUAUGUAUAUGGAAAUUCUUCAAACAAAAUAUAAUUUGACUUCAGUGAUUUCUCAUUUUUA